UGACAGUGCUGCCUCCCCUCAGAAUGGUGAUCAACAAAAUGGCUAUGGAGAUCUCUUUCCUGGGCAUAAGAAGACCCGCAGGGAGGCCCCUCUGGGCAUAGCUGUGUCUACCAAUGGGCUGCCUCCAGCCUCACCCCUUGGUCCACCUGACAAUACUGGGGGCGAUUCCCUGCAGUCCAGUGGAAAGCACUCCCUGGGGCUAGACUCCAUCAACAAAAAGUGUCUUGCAGACUCCAGCCUCCACUUGAAUGGAGGCAGCAACCCUGGUGAGUCAUUUCCUCUGAGCCUGAAUAAAGAACUGAAGCAGGAACCUGUUGAUGACCUGCCCUGCAUGAUUGCUGGGGCUGGGGGUUCUAUAUCGCAGAGCAACCUCAUGCCUGACCUUAACCUUAACGAGCAGGAGUGGAAGGAGCUUAUCGAGGAGCUGAACAGGUCAGUGCCUGAUGAAGACAUGAAGGACCUGUUUACAGAGGACUUUGAGGAAAAGAAAGAUCCAGAGCCUUCUGCCUCUGCCACCCAAACCCCCUUGGCCCAAGACAUUAAUAUUAAGACAGAAUUCUCUCCAGCAACCUUUGAGCAAGAACAGUUAGGCUCUCCACAAGUCAGGACUGGGUCUGCAGGACAGACCUUUCUGGGGCCAUCAUCUGCCCCUGUUAGCACAGAUUCCCCCAGCCUUGGAGGUCCUCAGACCCUGUUUCAUACCUCUGGUCAACCCGUGGCAGACAAUCCCGGUUCUAACCUGAUGCCGGCAUCAGCCCAAGCCCAGAAUGCACAAAGGGCCCUUCCAAAUGUGGUAUUGCCUAGCCAGGGCCCAGGAGGGGCCUCAGAGCUGUCUUCUGCCCACCAGCUCCAGCAGAUUGCUGCCAAGCAGAAGCGUGAGCAAAUGCUCCAGAACCCACAGCAGGCCACCCCAGCAUCCACCCCAGGCCAGAUGUCCACAUGGCAGCAAACAGGACCUUCCCACAGUCCCUUAGAUGUCCCUUAUGCCAUGGAGAAACCUGCCAGCCCUUCCAGCUACAAGCAAGACUUCUCCAACUCCAAACUGCUCAUGAUGCCUAGUGUAAACAAGAGUUCCCCUCGGCCUGGAGGUGCCUACCUCCAGUCAGGCCAUGUGAACCUGCUGAGUCACCAGCCACUGGGUAACUUGAAUCAGAACUCAGUGAAUAACCAAGGCUCAAUGCUAGACUACGGCAAUACAAAACCCCUUUCUCAUUACAAAGCGGACUGUGGGCAAGGUGGUCCUGGGUCUGGCCAGAGCAAGCCAGCUUUGAUGGCCUAUCUUCCUCAGCAGCUGCCUCAUCUGAAUAAUGAGCAGAACUCCUUGUUUACUACAAUGAAACCAAAGCCCGGAAAUAUGCCCUUCCGAUCACUAGUUCAACCUGGCCAGGAGCAGAACCCUUCCAGCAUCCCUGUGCCAGCCCAGGCUGCCAGCGUGGGGACCCAGCCACCUGCUGUGUCCGUGACCAACACUCACAACAGCUCCCCCUAUCUCAGCAGCCAGCAGCAGGCAGCUGUAAUGAAACAGCAUCAAUUGCUUUUGGACCAACAGAAGAGGGAGCAGCAGCAAAAACAUUUGCAGCAACAACAGUUUCUGCAGAGGCAGCAGCAGCACCUUCUGGCAGAACAGGAGAAGCAGCAGUUUCAGCGCCAUUUGACCCGCCCACCCCCCCAGUACCAAGACCCAACACAAAGCACCUUCCCACAGCAGGUUGGACAGUUCACAGGAUCCUCUGCUACUGUGCCUGGCAUGAACAACUUGGGUUCGUCCAACUCCAGCUGUCCUCGAGUGUUCCCUCAGCCUGGGAAUCUAAUGCCAAUGGGCCCUGGACAUGCUUCAGUUUCUUCUCUCCCCUCAAACUCAGGCCAGCAGGACCGGGGUGUGGCCCAGUUCACGGGCUCUCAGAGCAUGACUCAGAGCAGUCUCUAUGGUAUGGCCUCUGGCAUAACCCAGAUGGUUGCCCAGCCCCCGCCACAGGCCACCAAUGGACAUGCCCACAUUCCAAGGCAGACCAGCGUGGGCCAGAACACCUCAGUUUCAGCUGCUUAUGGACAGAACUCCCUGGGGAGCUCCAGUCUCUCCCAGCAACACAAUAAGGGGACCCUGACCUCUGGUUUAACUAAGCCACAAGUCCCAAGGGUGUCAGCAUCUAUAGGAGGCCAAAAUGCCUCCUGGCAACAUCAGGGAAUGCCGAACCUGAACAGCCAGACUCCAGGGAACAGCAAUGUAAGUCCCUUUACUGCAGCCUCCAGUUUCCACAUGCAACAGGCCCACCUGAAAAUGUCCAGUCCACAGUUCUCCCAGGCAAUGCCCAGCAGGCCCAUGGCCCCCAUGAGCUCAGCAGCUGCAGCAGGGUCCAUGCUGCCCGCAGUGAGCACACAGCAAAGGACCAACGCCCCAGCCCCUGCACCCCCCCAGGCGGCCCCACAGCAGGGCUUGCCCAGCCUGAACCCUGCAGGGCCUGAGCUAGGGGCCUUUAGCCAAAGCCCUGCCUCACAGAUGAGCAGCCGGGCCGGACUGCACUGCACCCAGGCCUACCCUGGGCGGACCGUGGGCCAGGAGCUGCCCUUUGCCUACAGUGGGCAGCCAAGCAGCAGUGGGCUAUCCAGUGUGGCUGGACACACCGACCUGAUCGACUCCCUGCUGAAAAACAGGACUUCCGAGGAGUGGAUGAAUGAUUUGGAUGACCUUCUAGGGUCACAUUAAUGGAGGAAUUUAUGGUGUUUUUAGUGUUCACACAUCCUGUAUUUUUGUUCUCAGAUGCAAGAAAGAGCAACUACUUUGGACCAAAAGCCCAUGGCCCAGGGAACCCUGCAAGGCAGAGCCUAAGCUGUGGCCGAGACCAGCCCUGGUCAGGAUAUUUGGGGCUCCCAGGCCAGCAGUCGCAGUCCUUUGGGCUGACCCCCGCUCUUCUGCUGGCAUGACUGCUGGGUGUUGGGACAGCAGGAUAGGAUUCUAAAGGUGGUUUCCUAUUCAAAUGACCAAAAAAAAAACAACAGUAGCAACAGUGAAGCCCCAUAAUGUCAGGCUUGUAAAAAUCUGUGCCAUCAUGUUGACUCCCAAGAUUUCUCCACUUGCCUCAAUGCUGAGACAGUUUUUGUUGUUGUUGUUGUUGUUGAAACUUCAAAUAGCAGAAUUAUUUGCAAUUUGUAGCAUAGAAAAGAUUUUUUAAAAAUUUUUAAAGGGUUUUAAGCAGAUUAGAUAGGUGAUGAUUUAAAUUGAUUAAGCAGGCGUUGGAAACCUAGGGUUCCUUUUGAUUAAGAGCCUGUUUUUAUUCCUGCUCUUUGUCAGCUUUCAGGGGAGAAGCUAGAAAAUUAUUUCUGUAAACGCAGGCUAUGACUGCACAUGCCAAAAAGGAACAGGAGGCCAUGAGAUAGCAGAUCUGAUUACCCACAGAGGGUCUUCCCAGCAGCUCCUCCUAGUGCUGUUCUUCCUUGUUGUCACUCUUGAGUACCCCAAUCUCCCAGGAAGGAGUUCCUUCCAUAUCCUGGCACCAGGACCCCAGGCUAAAUGCUGAAGGUGGAGAUUCGGAGAUCUAGUAUCCCCAUGUGUUACGACUCUCCACCUUUUGCAGCUUCUCUGGCAAUUUGUACUAACAUGGUGGAGCAUAAUCAUUGUUCAGUUGUGUGCAGAUGACUUUUUUCUACCCCAUCUUCUUUUCCCAUGACCUUUCUUUCUGCUUCCCCUUCUUCCUCUCUCCAGCCAUAAUAGGAACAGUGAUUUACUACAUUGCAGGGGGGAAAGAGUCAUUAAAAGUCCUUGGGGAACCCCUAGUACUAUAAAGGUUUGGGGAAGGAGGCUGCAGGCCAGCCCAGGGGAAGGGAUUCUACUUAGCUGACUUCUGCCACUCCCACAUCAGAUGACUUGCACUUUUAAAGAUUGCUUUAUAACACUAACACAUCCUCUAAAGAUUUAAGUGGAUUCUCUUUGAAGGUCUAUUAGUUAAUGGACUUGACUGAGCUGAGAGCCCACAGAAUGGAAUAUGGUGUGUGGGCUGUUUGUGGAAAACAAGAAAGAGCACUUCUUCAUAUUGAAAGCAAGAUGGUGAGCGCAGUGCAAAACUCUUUACACAGGGUGGUGGAGGGAAAAGAGUCCACUGAAAAGAGUGGCAUACGCAGUGGUCUGUGGAGAAACCACAACCCCCUCUUUGUUUCCCUAGAGUCUCAAAAUAGAUCAUUAAUGGAGUAUCAUGUGAAGAUAUGAGCCAAGGAGAAUACUCCUGUGAUCAGACUGGAUCACUUUGGAAGGAUGAAAGGGUUGUACGCAGGUUGGUAAUUAGUUUGCACCAGCAGUGCCUUUUUCACUGGGGGUACUUGGACCCUCAGAUCCUCGUUUCUGAUAGCCAUUUGCCACCACCAGUGGUGUGUGGGCCAUUUCCCCUUUAACCAUUCUCCCAGCCUUCCCCAGAUACUCAAUUUAGCUCUUAAGGGGAUGAAUCAUAAAGCCAGUGAAGACUCCACCCUCUGAGCAAGUUCCCCAAUCUGAAGGGGAAGAGGGUGACUUCAGUGGGUUUUCUACCAAAAACAGGGCUGAAGGCUGGUUUUGGAUCCUUGUUCCUCUCCUGGUCUCCCCCAGCUGCUGCCCGCCUUCUGCCUCUGUGCCCCAAGCACUUGCCGGCCCCUGCACUCUGCCUUAGACUCAGCCGGCUCCACAGACAGUGGGCUUCUCACUUGCUGCAGUGUCAUAGCAAUAAAAUGUGAUUCUUGGGGUCCCCCUGGGAGCUGCCCAUGGCUUUAUUUAUGAAUCUGGCUUUGGGGAGUCAGGGGAGGAGAUGACUCUGCUUCCGUGCACAUCCCCAUCUUCCCAGAGCCAUGACUCAGAAGAAAAGGGUGCUCGGACUUUCAUUAUACACAUGUGCUUUGUGUAAAUAAAUGUUUACAAUUUUAUAUUGAAGAUGGAAUAAGCGUUAGAGCUUCCGACUGUAUAUUUUUUACUUUUAUAGAUUUUAAAACUAUGAUCCUUUAUAUAUGUGUUUUGGGGGAGCUAUGAUAAGUUUUAUGGCAAACAGUUGGUAUUGUUAACUUUUUAUGGUCAUCAGAAGUACAUAAAAAUCCUGUUAAUUCCCUAUUCUUCUACUUCCCUUAACUCUGGUAUACACCAAAAAGAAACCUUUACUUUCCUUGUUUUAUCACUAUAAAAAUAAUAAAAGUAUUUUGCUAGUAUGGAAA